AUGUCGAAGAAAAGCAACAAUUUACCAUACGAUGUCAUUGAACUCGAAAACGAACCAUUUUACCAAUUUGUAAAGAAAUUUGCAGGCGACAAGGUUGUAUCGCUUCUUCAGUUUCAAGAUAUCGAUAACGUUGAAUGCCUUAUGGCAUGUAGCGAUCCGUUUGAGAUUUUAUCGUACGAUUCAGAUGAUCUACUUGACCUGAAAAAGAAAACCUGUUUGAAAUUGAAAACAAAUUCACAUGUUGUUUUACCAGGGAUCAAAAGCAAAAUGAAACUUUUGAAAAAAGCAUUAACAAGGAAAUAUGACGAAAUCAAAAACGUAACAACAACUUUUUCUAAUCAAUCUAUGUCGAUGGACACAUCUUUUACUAACUCAACAGUAGAUAAUGCUCUUCCAAACACUACCAGCUCAACUUUAGAAGAGAAUGUUAAAAUCCAUUUGAUUAAUUCAAUGAAAGAGUGGUGUCGAAAAACGAAACAGGAUAAUGCACAACGAACUUUGGAUAUGGUAGAAGGAACAGAUUAUGAAAUUGUUGUUGAUUGUACGUCGAACAAAGUUUACAUUAAAUGUCAAUGUGGUAAAACUUCGACAUUAGGACAAAAGAACAAUUUGUUUAUAUUAUCUAAUUAUAUUCGUCACUUAACAAGCGAAAAUCCAUGUUCUAUGGUUCGGGACAAAUUGGAAAAUAGUCGUGACACUUUGACUGUCGGCGCUGUCGAUACAUUCGAUAAUGAUGAUUCGAGUUUAUCUCCUGGUUUACCAGCCGAUGGUUCUCCGAGUUCAAGUUCAUCGAUUUCGAAAUUGUCGAAAAGAAAAAGAAGUGCGAAAUCAUCGUCUACAACAAAGAAAACGAAGACUGUUUGA